AUGAAUUCAUUCCCGGUCAGCGAACAAGAUAAGGAUGAAUUCCUCAACUAUUUGGACCAAAAUGGUAUUUUGGAUAAACUAACCGACGUACUAAUCAUGUUGCAUAGCGAACAAGAACAGCCCACGGAUCCCAUCGAAUACGUGAGGAGGAACAUGUACGUGGACAACCCUGACAUUGAGGAAAUUAUCGACUUGAAGGCACAGAUCGAGAACGCCGCUGUUGAACUGGCCGAUCUUCAGAGGACCAGGGACGAACUUAGGGCUCAAUUGGAACAAUAUCAACAUGAAUCGCAAGUGGAUGGCGAAGGUUACGAGGAAGAACCGGCUAAAGUAUCAGACAACGGAGACUAUUUUGAAUAA